AAGCCGGCCUUUGACAUGGUCAUAGAUGGUUUCAGCGUUGCCAACAUGGGCAUCAAAGGGAACCAGUCGCAGAUGCUCCUGGUGGUGGUGUCAGAGCUGGAGCGACAGGGCCUGGUCAUUCUGGUCCUGUGGAGGAAGCACAUGCAGCGGCCCUCACUCAGCUGGGACAGACAUGACAUGAGCCUGGUCCAGCAGAAGGCCCACUGCUUUUUCACUGACAUUUCUGAGGAUGACCCUUUCCUUCUGUAUGUCACACUGCACUCUGGGAACCACUGUAACUUUGAGCCGGGACCUGAUGCGGGACCACAAGGCCUGCCUGCCCGAUGGUGCUACUCGACGCCUCUUCUUCAAGUGGCAGAGAGGGCACUAGCUGGUGCUGAGCAGUUACACUCCAGGAAAGAGGGUACAAUUCCAGGAAUCUACUGUUCCCGAGAACUACUUCCGGGGGUCAUUGCCGUGCAUCGUUUUUUCCCUGAGCGGUUCUAUUUUCAGUUUCAACUUUUAUACAUAUUUACCAACAAAAUGUCCCGAGGGUCGAGUGCAGGAUUUGACCGACAUAUUACCAUCUUCUCUCCAGAGGGCAGACUCUACCAAGUCGAAUAUGCAUUCAAGGCUAUCAAUCAAGGUGGCCUUACCUCAUUAGCUAUCCGAGGACAAGACUGUGCAGUUGUCGUCACACAGAAGAAAGUUCCAGACAAGCUUCUUGAUGCCUCCACAGUCACACACCUAUUCAAAAUCACAGAAAACAUUGGCUGUGUCAUGUCCGGAAUGACAGCUGACAGCAAGUCUCAAGUCCAGAGAGCUCGCUACGAAGCAGCCAACUGGAAGUACAAGUACGGCUAUGAGAUCCCAGUGGACAUGCUGUGUAAGAGGAUGGCUGACAUCUCUCAGGUGUACACACAGAACGCUGAGAUGAGACCUCUGGGUUGCUGCAUGAUAGUGAUUGGUGUGGAUGAGGAGUGUGGUCCCCAGGUGUAUAAGUGUGACCCUGCAGGAUACUACUGUGGCUUCAAGGCCACCGCUGCUGGGGUCAAACAGACAGAGGCCACCACCUUCCUGGAGAAAAAGGUCAAGAAAAAACUGGACUGGACCUUUGCGCAAACAAUCGAGACUGCGAUAACUUGUUUGUCUACGGUACUGUCCAUUGACUUCAAGCCCUCCGAGCUAGAGAUCGGUGUCAUUACAACGGAAGACCCUAAAUUCAGGAUCCUGACAGAGACCGAGAUCGAUGUCCACCUUGUGUCCCUGUCAGAGCGAGAUUGAGUGUUUCCAUGUGUUCCAGUCUAGAGGGGAGACUACCCUAGAUAUAUGACAGAGAACACUACCGCUGAUCUUCAGAACGAAAGCCCCGACUUCUUUUUUGCUGUACAUUUACGCUGUUCAAUUAAAGAGAAUGUUUUCGAGAAACUCAAA